AUGAAUACUCGAGAUCUCGUAGAACAUGGCAUUGUUUGUGGAGAAAAAGAACAAGAUCCUUUGGUAAUGGAGAAGUUUUCUCAGCUAAGCAUCACUCCAGAAGAAGAACUGGAAUCUUUUACCGGAAUGAAUACUCGAGAUCUCGUAGAACAUGGCAUUGUUUGUGGAGAAAAAGAACAAGUCGAUCUCACUCGUAGCGAUUUAUUGGUCUCUCAACAGCGCAUUCGAGAAAUGCCCACUCAUCAGCAAGUUAGAGCACAGGUCUUAAAAUCUCGGGUAAUAACAACUGACGAUGUGGUAAAACGAGUCGAUCCAUCACUGACUCGUAACGAAAUUAUCGAGGAUUUGAAGCAAUGUGCACGACUUGUUCAGGGUCAGUCUUCGUUUUCCUACCUUUCCAGAUUUUUCUGA